CGGGGCUUGGGAUCAUGCAGAUGCAGUUAGACAGACCGGUUAGUAGUGAGGAGCACAGGAGCACUUCCCCCCUCCCUAGACCAAGACAAGAUAGACCCAGCAAGGUUCGCGGCAGGCCGAAUGAAACCAUAGACUGCACCGACGUAGUUCUCCAGCCUUGCUUGUUUGUACGCUGACUCCUCGCUCCAUGCUCGUGAGCCUUCAUAUCCUCGCUUCACUGACGCCCACUCCCUGCACUGGAGUAUAAGUACUAAGCCCGGCGCCUCUUCCUCACUCUUGUUUCCCCUCAACGGUUGUGUGCUUUGCCUCAAACCGUAUUACAGUUGCUUCCAGAAAGAUAUCAGUCCACCUCUUCGAUCUCUCCACUUUACGCAUACUCUGCCUCGUGUAAAUAGCUUCAGCCUUCCUCCCACCAACCAACCACACGCCAUCACCAUGAAGGCUGUACAUUUCGGUGCCGGUAAUAUUGGCAGAGGAUUCGUUGCUGAAUUCCUCCACAACUCAGGAUAUGAGGUCGUCUUCUGCGAUGUCAUGGACAGCGUGAUUGACCAACUCAACGCCUCAAAGUCAUAUAAAGUCAUCCAAGUCGGAGCAGAAGGAACCAGCGAAACCACGAUCACCAACUACCGAGCCAUCAACUCGAAACAUAACGAAGCACAAGUGAUCGACGAGAUCACAACGGCUGACAUCGUAACCUGCUCCGUUGGCCCCAACAUCCUCAAAUUCAUUGCUCCAGUUAUCGCCAAAGGAGUCGAUGCUCGACCAAACGAUGCCACACCGAUAGCUGUCAUUGCCUGCGAAAAUGCAAUCGGCGCAACCGACACUCUCGCAGAGCACAUCAAACACCCCAAACACACUCCCGAACACCGCCUUGACGACCACCACGAGCGAGCACGGUAUGCGAAUUCAGCCAUUGAUCGUAUCGUGCCAGCACAAGACCCCAAUGCAGGCUUGGAUGUCAAGCUCGAGAAGUUCUACGAGUGGGUUGUCGAUCGAUCACCAUUCCACGACCACGAACCACCAGCGAUCAAGGGAGUGAAGUGGGUUGACGAUCUGAUCCCAUACAUCGAGCGAAAACUGUUCACUGUCAAUACCGGCCAUGCUGCAGCCGCAUACCACGGAUACUACCACAAGAAGACCACCGUCUACGACGCUCUACAAGAGCCAAUGAUCGUCGAUGAGGUCCGGAAGGCACUCGCCGAGACCAGCACCUUGAUCGUCGGGAAGCAUGGCAUCGAGACAGAAGAACAAAAGGCAUACGUGGAGAAGAUCAUCAAGCGCAUUGGCAACCCUCAUCUCGAGGAUGCUGUCGAACGUGUUGGUCGUGCGCCAUUGAGAAAGCUGAGUCGCAAGGAACGCUUCAUUGGCCCCGCUGCCGAACUCGCUGAGGAGGGCAAACCCUUCGAUGCGUUACUUGACGCUGCAGAGAUGGCAUUCCGAUUCCAGAAUGUGGAGGGAGACGAGGAGAGUGCGGAAUUGGCAAAGAUCAUGGCUGGCACUUCGCCAGAACAGGUCGUAGAAAAGGUUUGUGGGUUGACUUCAUCAGACAAACUCUUCCCUCACGUCGUUGAGGUUGUGAAGAGAGUGCAGGCCGAUGCAUAGAGAAGAUGGUUUUGAUUUGUAUGAUUUUAUGGCGAAAUGGGUGGUCUGGAAAGCAAGCGGGGUGUUUCUGUGAAAAUAUCCUGCAUCAUAGCGGUCAGGUUCUGUAGCUAUUUGUACCUUAGAUCACCAGCAUAGCCUCGGAUGGCAGCUUAAAGGUCAAAUGAAAGAAAUAACAA